AUGUUUACUACUGCUGAAAUCAAGGAACGUCUAACGAAGGCCUUUUCAUCUUUGCCGGAAAAUGUCUACAAGGGUAAGCUUACACAUUCUGAAGAAAUCCAAGCAUUCCAAAAGUACUUUGAAACUGUAUAUAACCCAAUGGAACUUGUUCGAACCGUCUGUUUCGCAUCACCAGUUUUAAAAGAGAAAUUUGAAAAACGAGUUGCCAAAAUGAAAUUUCCCAAAGAUGUAAAACCUGAAUUUAAAUAUGAUUUGGCCUUUGAGUUCGAACCACCCAAAUUUCCAAAUUUACCCACUGUUGAAAGGAAGGUGGUGAAGAAAGAGAAGCCUGUGGCGAAAGCUAGUUCGAAUACUGCUUCUAAGCCAACUACCUCUUCGAGCCAGGGAGCUUCUUCUGCCAAGGAUGCUGCUCCAGAAAAAACAAAGAAGAGUUCAAAGGGUAGUGGCAAGCCUCCUUUAAUGCCAAAGAAAAGAAAAGUCCCAACUGAAAGUGCAACCCUUGUCGAAGAAGAUGAAGAAGAAACUCCUCCAACUCCACUUGAGAAGAAACAGAAAAAGAAUAAGGGAAAACCUACUACUCCCCUCAUCUCUACUGCCAAUCAGAGUGAUCCUUCGAGCGAUAUGAAUCCAUUUCCUCCUCCGACAAUCAGCGGUGCUGUUCAAAACAAAGGAUCUUUGACUGGAGCACAAAAUCUCGAAGCAGAUAAUGUCCAGAACGAACAAGAAACCUCUUCUCCUAGCGAAGAUGGUAAAAAAGAUUCGAAGCAAGAUGAAGAGAAGGAUUCAGAAGAGAAAGAAGAUUCUGAGGAUACUCCCAGUAACUCUCCUCCAAGAGUUACGUUCCCUUCAGAUUACGUUGACGAAGAUGAUCAGGAUUUUGAUGAGAUUGAGGGGUAG